UAUCUGCUUUGCCAUCGAGCUUGUUAUACGCUCACUGCUGUGCAGCAGCCUGGGGCUGCUAGCCGACAGCUGACGAUGGUCAACAAAUCGCGCUGGAAGGGCGCGCAUGAGAGGUUUCCAGCACACGUUGAGGAAGCUCGCAACAGCGAUGGAAUUGUACAUCGCGGGUACCAUCUGCUAGAAUUUCGGGUCGCAGCGGAGUUGCUGCGUGUUGGCCCCGUCCACAGUGCGGAAGACUUCUGGGCUCCAAACGACUGGCAGCUGCUGCUGGUAGUUUCGGAGUACAUGUCGGCGCUGCUGGAGUUCCUGGAUUGGUUCUGGCCCGAUCUGGGUUGGGAGCACCACAAGCAGGCCAUCGUGCUGUCCAAGCGGCUGCUGCAGCCCAAGAGCCCACACACCUACGCCAGCGUGCCGAUUGAUCCGCAGCUCAGGGCGGCCUGGCAGUCCUUCACAUACGCCUUCUGGCACGGAACCAGGCACCUGCCCACAACGCCACCGCCCGGUGAGCCGACAGCGGAGUACACGGCUGCACGGGAGUGGCUUACUAAGCUGGUGGGCGAGCGGGGGUUCGAGCCGGAUGGGCACAUCAUGACGGCCUUGCAAAACUGGAUUCAGGCCAUGCAGCCCCGCCUGCAAGAGGCGUUUCCCUCGGUUGACUGGUCCCGCUGGCCGGCGGUGGUUUGGCCGGACCCGGACUGCGCCUGCCGUACCGUGGAGAAGCGCGGCGCCAUCAAGCGGCAGCAGGAGGAGGACUAUGCGGUGCGCUGGCCGCUGCGAGUGACGCAGGGCCGACCCAAGUUCAAUCACCUCAAGGUUGAGGCGCGUGACGGCUUCAACGUCGCCAUCCCGCCCGUCAAGAACCCGCCGGCGCUGGGGUUCCUGGCGGUGUCGGACGUCAUGUGCGCGUUUAAACAGGCGACCCAGAAGUGGGGCCCUACGCAGCCGUCCAGCGCAUCCUACGCGGCACAGCAGGAGGUGGUGCAGAGCUUCGUGCAAAACGUGCUGCGGGAAGACCGCGGGCCUCUGGCGCCGGGCAUAGCGCACGAGCAGUUCAAGUACCUCGGCUACGUGGCUUGCUCCAUGCUGGGCUGGCAGGGCGCGAUGCUAAACAUGGCGGGCCUGCUGCUCGAGUCAGCGGCCUGGGGCCCGCAGCCGCUGGCGCUUCCCGGAGGUGCCGCUGCGUUGCUGCGGCAGCAGCCGCCGGAGGUGGGGCCUGGCACCUUUGCUCUGGACCUAGGCCUGGGUGUCUUGGGACACGGCGCGUUGGGAGCUCUGGGUGUGCAUAUGGAUGCGGUUCUAGCGGAGCAAAACCUUCAGCAGCAGCUCCUAAUACAGCAGCAGCUACAGCAUCUACAUCAGCUGGCUACACCACUGCAGCAGCCACCGCCGUUGCCGCAUCCUAAGCAGCCACCGGCGCCGCCGCAGCUUCAACAACCACUACGGCAGCCGCGGAUCAGUGUGAACGGGCAGGGCCCUUUGGCGACACACGCGCUUAGUCAGUUACCCAUGCCACCGCCUCUCCAUAUCCAUGGUGGCAUGACCGCUAGCGUCCCCGCUGAAAUGAAUGCAUCCCAUGUGACGCACGGCGCCAUGGCGGCCCCUGGUUCCAGCUUAGGGCCAGCAAUGUUGCACGAUUGCGGGCCAUCGGCGCCAGAUGCCGUUCCGCCGGAGAUGCGCCCUCCACAUGUUUCGCAAGCAACGCGCACGCGGCCCAGCCCCUUCCUUGCAAAGCCAAGCGCUUCCGUGGCCGCCGGUUCGAAACCUCAGGUCGCCGCAGCGGCGGCACCUUUGCUACCAAACCAGCAGCACCACCAACAGCGGCAGCAAGAGCAGCAGCAGGGCGCCCUUGGAGCGCAGCAGCCGCCUCUCGACGGCCCCGCAGCCAUGAGCUUGGGCGGCCUGAGCUCCAUGCAGGACCUUAUCGACGGGCUGCCCUCACACACGGACCUGUUUUGGAGCGCUCUUCUGAAGAGUACAGCCGAGGAAGACCCUCGGGCGACUGGAGGGACACCGGCACGAGCGCCGCAGCCACCGCCACCGCCGCACCAACACGGUCCCUCGUUAGUGGUGAGCUCUGCCAUCGGAGAUGCAUCGUGCUCCCGGCAAGCGUUGUCACAUAACGCAGCGCCAUCGCUGCAGCCGCCGGCGGGGCCUGCCCAGGACCCGCAGGCUUCCAACAUGCAGGAGCCGUCCGCCGCAGGACGGGACCUGCAGGGCUUGCAGGGCCUGCAGAGCUUUGACAGCGGCCUGCCGUACGGCACGUUGCAGUACCCCAUGGGUGCAUGCGGUGGGAUACCGCAGCUGCCUCGGAGUGCGCCCGAUGCGCCUGUGCAGGUGCAGCCUCCGCCUUGCUCCGGGUCGCCUUUCCAGGGCACCAUCACGACGUGUUCCCUGCCCAGCACGAACGGCUUGUUGAGUGGCAUCUUGUCCACGGAAGGGACCAGCCUAGAGCCCCGACUCACGCGGCGGAGCCAUGGGGAGGUCUUCACCCUGUCACCUGUGGCUAGUGGAGGCACCCCUGGCACCGUGUCACCAGGGGUGGCUCCACUAGCCACAGGUGACACGAUGCCUAGCAGCCCGGCAGUCCUAGACGGUGUGGCAGCAGCAGCAGCACCAGGAGCAGCGGCGGCUGGCCCCGUAAGGCGCGUGGUGGAAGGGCGGUUGCCUGCGGUCGCGGAUGCGGAGGCUGCGACACGGCCGGCUGGAGGGUUCUUGGAGCCCGGCCUGCCCACGGCAGGUCGGCGGACGAGGCAGGAUGUGGCGCGGGCGGCCGCUGCGGCGGCUGCGGAUGCUGGGCUUGAAGCGGCACCAGGCUCCAUGGUGGAGCCCUGCCCCAAGCGGCAGACCUCGCAUCGCCAGAAGAGUCAUCUCUCGAACGUGGUUAAGCCCAAUGAUGCCGCCGAGCGCGUGGAGUCGCUGGGGGCCUUCCUAACGGAUCACGACGUUGGGCUGGCUCUUGGACCCAUGGGUCACCAGGAACAGCCCUCGGCAUCUGCCGCCACACAUGCUUCCUCCGGAGCAAGCGCUGGCACGUUGGCGGGGCCAGCUUCGGUCUGUGCUUGUCCCGCAUUGGCUGAGGAGGCUUUGAAUGCACCCGGAGCAGCAGCAGCAGUAGCGCCGACAGAGGCGGCCUCUGCAGGAGCGAACACGGUUGGGGAGCAGUCCCAGCCGACGCAGGCGGAGCUUCGGCAACAGUUGCGCGACCUGCUGCAGCGUGCUGACGCACUGGCUAGCCAGCUCUUGGUGCAGGAUCCUGACAAGGCUCCAAGCGUUGUGCUUGAAGCCAUGCAGGGUGCAGGCCUCAUCUACAAGUGGGCCCAGCAGGGCAGCUCGCAGAGCACGGAGCGGUAGUAAGGCGCAAUGCUUGCUUGUCUUGUAUCUACCUUUGUUGAUCCUGUCGCCAGCCAAUGCUGGAAUGAAAUGCCGGGGGAAUGCAUGGAUGCACUUGGCCUUGCAUGCGGCGGCUGUUGCACGUGUUAAAGGGCUUGCCUUAAAGCUGUACUGUGUUGGACUACUUGACGUCUCGGAGUAGCGGUAUGGAAGAUCAAACCGCAUGCUGAGUUACUGACAGCUGACGACUGUGCUUUCUUGUGCAUGGACGCUGUAGUUUACCACCUUUGUGUGAUGCUCAAUCGUGCAGUGCUGUAACGUUAUUGUGUGUUCAGGACACCUCUUACCGCUCUGGUCAAGAAGUACCGGUACCGUAGCCUGGUAUUCAUCUGCAUUGUUACCGUACUUGCCGUUUUCGUGGGAAAUCUUCCUGCUGUUUUGUGUUAGUACCUUGUUGCUUCUAGGCCACCGCCUCUAGAUUCGGACUAGGGGCAUGGCGUGUUUUGACCGUUGCUGUUGCCAAACUGUGGUAGCAGGCACGGGUCUGAAGGGCUGCAUGAGACGUUUGGGCCGCCGGGAAACGGUGCAGGUGCUAUGUUAAAUGCUUAACGGUGUAUGCAGGAUUCCUGGUUGUGGUGGGUGGGGUGUCGACAAGGGCCGCGUGAGCUCCUCUAAAGGAUGGCCGGAAAGGAUCUUAGAGAACCCUUUUCAGUCGCGUGCUUUGGUGCAAGGAGUUCCUCGGUGCAAAAUCCAGCUGGUCGUGCUUUUCUUCGCCAGCAUUAACAUGUUACCUGGGGUCGCACAGCCUCUUUCUGAAGGUGAUUGUUACGUUUCUGGCAUAAUAGGGGUCGAACCUUAUUGUAUACACAAAAGCGGCUGUCCUCCAAACUGGCAGUCGGUCAAGUGAAGUUCAACAGCCGUCGUAAGCUUAGGUAACUAGUUCGCAGUAUGCUGCUGGUCAGGCUUAUUGGUGACACCAAUACUCCACAUUACAGUAGCUCCAACCAACAAAGUACGCAAAAUGGUGGUGCCCAACAAGAACUCAUAGGUGAGGCCACGAGGCCAAUUCCCAAUUUAGCCCAAGUCACGCUGCUAAUCAUUGUAACAGGCUUUGCGUACUAUCAAAAUUUUACUCAUUUAUACGCCUUCACAUCAGCCUUUGCUACCUAAGGGGCCACUGGCCCCAGUGCGGAGAUGGUGGUAACAUCGCGUUGGAAAGGCGCGCAUGAUAAAUUCCCUGCUCAUGUCGAAGAAGCUAGGAACAAUGAAGGAAGUAUACAUCGUGGCUACCAUCUCCUGGAAUUCAGGAUUGCAGCGGAGCUACUGCGUAUUGGCCCUUUCCAUAGUGCAGAGGACUUUUGGGCCCCGAUCGACUGGCAGCUGCUAGUUGUGGUUUCGGAGUAUAUGUCGGCGCUGCUGGAGUUCCUGGAUUGGUUCUGGCCCGAUCUGGGUUGGGAGCACCACAAGCAGGCCAUCGUGCUGUCCAAGCGGCUGCUGCAGCCCAAGAGCCCACACACCUACGCCAGCGUGCCGAUUGAUCCGCAGCUCAGGGCGGCCUGGCAGUCCUUCACGUACGCCUUCUGGCACGGAACCAGGCACCUGCCCACAACGCCACCGCCUGGGGUCGAGCUAAGCCCCGCAACCUACGCUGCAGCGCGGGAGUGGCUUACUAAGCUGGUGGGCGAGCGGGGCUUUGAAGCGGAGGGACAGAUCGUGUCCUCGCUGCAGUCCUGGAUCCAGGCCAUGCAGCCCCGCCUGCAGGAGGCAUUUCCCUCGGUUGACUGGUCCCGCUGGCCGGCGGUGGUUUGGCCGGACCCGGACUGCGCCUGCCGUACCGUGGAGAAGCGCGGCGCCAUCAAGCGGCAGCAGGAGGAGGACUAUGCGGUGCGCUGGCCGCUGCGAGUGACGCAGGGCCGACCCAAGUUCAAUCACCUCAAGGUUGAGGCGCGUGACGGCUUCAACGUCGCCAUCCCGCCCGUCAAGAACCCGCCGGCGCUGGGGUUCCUGGCGGUGUCGGACGUCAUGUGCGCGUUUAAACA